GACCACGUCCCAUGUCAGAAUAGGAAGUGCUGAUCUAGGAUCAUUCUCCCUUUUUAGAGCAUAAUGAAUCAGACUGUUUGGACAGGGAGGACCUGAUCCCAGAUCAGCGGUCUGAGAGGCUGUAUAAAGACAGGCCCUGAUGUGCUGCUUUGGGGCUGUUAUGUAUUGUAUUAAAGGCGCUGCUAUACCAGUAGAGUUAUUAUCAGGAUUGUGAUCAGAUGAAUGGCGUGCACGUAGCCAACGUGGAGUCAGUGCUGAGAGUGGAGGAGGAGGAGGAAGACGGAGGGAAAAGAAGAAGGAACGCGUCAAGGAGAGGUGGAGAGGUGGAGUACGACGUGGGACUGAGCAUGCUCAUCGACUCCCAGAACAACCAGUAUGUUCUGACCAAGCCCAGAGACUCCACCAUGCCCCGCUCCGAUCAACACUUCAUCAAGGACCUGGUCUCCGUAGUGAUGCUGUCUCUGCCAUGUGGUUGGCUGUGCACUAUGAUGGGCCUGCCCCCCAUGUUUGGUUACAUCAUCUGUGGAGUCCUCCUGGGUCCCUCUGGACUCAACAGCAUCAAGUCUAUGGUUCAGGUUGAGACGUUGGGAGAAUUGGGAGUGUUCUUCACUCUCUUUGUGGUCGGUCUGGAGUUCUCCCCAGAGCGACUUCGGAAGGUGUGGAAGACCUCUGUGCAGGGUUCAUGUUACCUCAGUCUGUUGAUGGUAGCUACAGGGCUGCUGUGGGGUCAGGUGCUGCAUGUCCGUCCCACCCAGACUGUCUUCAUCUCCUCCUGUCUCUCUCUAUCCUCCACACCACUGGUCUCACGCUUCCUGGCUGGGGGCGCCCGCCCAGACAAGGACGGGGAGCUGGACUACAGCAGUGUUCUCCUGGGGAUGUUGGUGAUGCAGGAUGUUCAGCUGGGGCUGUUCAUAGCCGUCAUGCCCACCCUCAUACAGGUGUCAUCUGGCCACCUGGACAGUGUUCUGUUUGGGGGUCUGCGCGUCCUCCUGCUCCUGUCCCAAGUCCUGUUCUCUCUGGCUGUGGUACUACUGCUGUGUGUUCUCCUCAAGUCCUUCCUGAUUGGUCCAUACUACAGGAAGCUCCAUGCUGAGUCUAAAGGCAGCAAGGAGAUCCUGGUUCUGGGGACCGCUGCCUUCGUAUUCCUCAUGCUCACCGUAUGUAACCCCCUCCUCACUCUUCCCACUCUCCUCUGUGAGAUAUAGCUCCCCCUCCUCACU